ACUGUCUCCAUGGGGGGGCUGGGGAGGCAGGUGGCAUUUGGGAAAUGGUGCAAGCGGGGAUUGAAACAGUCCCACUCAGGCUGGUCCCAUUGCUGCUCCUCUUCCUUUGAAAUGUACCAGAGCCACCUGUGACUCUUGUACAUUUCAAAGGAAGAGGCACAGAGGGGAAUCUCUGUCAGCAGGGAAUGCUUUGCUCCUUGCUGAUGCAGAGCUGUGGGUGGCUCUUGUACAUUUCAAAUGGAGAGGUGCAGUGGGAUAGUGAGUGCUCCCCUUAUCGACUAAUUGAGUAGUCAAUGGAAAUUCCAUUGGCUACUCAAUCAGCUGAUUAAUCGAAAUUUAACAUCUCUACCAUAGGGUGGAUGUGAUUCACCAAGUUUAUCCCUUUGCAGUCCAAUAGAUGCUUUGUUUAUCUGAGUAUCUGCAGGUAUUGCUGCUCGUAGCUCCUGUUGGCUGUGGUUUGCCAUUUCCAGCUAGUGGGAGCAACAGGGCGAGGUACAGGCUGGACCACUGAUUCCUGCAGCUUCCGUUGUCUGGGAACAAUAGAUCACAGCCAACAGGAUUCGCGAGUCCAGAGGCUCAGGUAAACAAAGCAUUUGGCAGUCUGCAAGAGGCUAACCGUGGCAAACUGUGUUUGGUCCAUGGCUGUUUAUUGCCCACCCCUGUUCUAGGAGGUGGUUUCAUUCUAAGGCAAGUAUUUAAACCCAGACUGGUCAGUGUGAGUGCUGGGCUCUGCAUGUAUGGAGCAGUUUGUUGCAGUCCAGCAGUGUAGGUGUCAGGAAUGUGGCAUGAAGUGAUACUUGGCAUUUCUGUUCAGGGUGGACUCUUCCAAAUAGUGUCAGUUCUGAAGUUCAGCUCUUAUUUUUAUGCCUUAGAAUCCUUUAAGUUUCUGUUUUGGAGGCUAAUUAAUACACCAGCUUCUCACCUCUGGAGAUGAAGAUUCAAAGCCUGGAAAAAUGAAAUUGAUCACUGGAAGGAAGCAUCCAAAGUUUUUUCCUAAACAAGAUGUCUGAAGGACCCAGUAAACUUUCAUUGACCAUUGGAGCUGAAAGAUUCAUUACACAACGUUAUUUUUGUCUCUUCACUGUAAGGUUCUGUACUAAGUCAAUACAGACAAUAUAUUAAGACCAAACAGUAGUCUCCUGAUAUCAACAUGACCUCGGUAACAAACACUUGGACUCCGGAGGACUUUGAUCCUCCUGUCUUUGAAGAAAAGUCAAAGGGCAAGUCAUUAUUUCACUUGGGCCCCCUCUUUGCUAACCGGAGUGAGAAAUUUGUCAUUGCCAGGAGUGAUAGUGCAUCAGAAGAAAAUGUAUUGAAAAUAACUAUCACUGAGACUACAGUCAUUGAGUCGGACUUGGGCAUCUGGAAUUCCCAUGCUCUCAUCUACCUCACAUUGUGGUUUUUUUUCAGCUUUUGUACUCUUUUUCUUAACAAAUAUAUUCUUUCACUGCUGGAAGGAGAGCCCAGCAUGCUAGGUGCUGUUCAGAUGCUUACAACUACUUUCAUUGGCUGUAUAAAAAUGUUUGUUCCAUGCUGUUUAUACCAGCACAAAUCACGUAUCUCUUAUCCACCCAAUUUCAUCAUGACAAUGCUAUUUGUUGGAUUGAUGAGGUUUGCAACAGUGGUUUUGGGUCUAGUAAGCUUGAAAAAUGUGGCUGUUUCAUUUGCAGAAACAGUUAAAAGCUCUGCACCUAUUUUUACUGUCAUUAUGUCCCGGAUGAUUUUAGGAGAAUACACAGGAUUGCUGGUGAAUCUUUCUCUCAUUCCUGUCAUGGGAGGAUUAGCUCUAUGUACAGCCACUGAAAUCAGUUUCAACAUUCUGGGUUUUUCAGCAGCUUUGUCUACUAACAUCAUGGACUGUUUGCAGAACGUUUUUUCCAAAAAGCUGCUCAGUGGAGACAAAUAUAGGUUUUCUGCUCCAGAGCUUCAGUUCUAUACAAGUGCUGCUGCGGUUAUUAUGCUCAUUCCAGCUUGGAUAUUUUUCAUGGAUGUGCCAGUGAUUGGGAAAAGUGGAAAGCGUUUCAGUUACAAUCAAGAUAUCAUUGUAUUGCUCCUAAUAGAUGGAGUCUUGUUCCAUUUGCAGAGUGUUACAGCAUAUGCCUUGAUGGGAAAGAUCUCACCUGUAACUUUCAGUGUUGCUAGUACUGUGAAGCAUGCAUUGUCCAUCUGGCUAAGUAUUAUUGUGUUUGGUAACAAAAUUACAAGCCUCUCAGCCAUUGGGACAGUUCUAGUAACAAUUGGUGUAUUGCUAUAUAAUAAGGCAAAGCAACAUCAGCAAGAAACAAUACAAAGCUUGGCAAUAGCAGCCUCACAACCCUCACAGAGCACAACUGAAGAUAUUGCGCCACUAAUAUCCAAAGACUUAAAGCCAUAUGAUUGAUCCAGCUCUUAAUUCUUCCACCACAACCUGAGAUAGCUCAGAGAAACAAUGGUUCAUUUCUUUGAGUUCACAGUGGAUAAAAAGAUGGAUUCUGUUGCAGAGAGAAAAGGAAAAUACCUGGUUUACCAGAAAAUGACAUAUAGAACAGAGACAAAAAGUAACCUAACAUGGUAUACAUUGACUUCAUCUUCCUUUGUUGACUCUGCAAAUAAACCACAAGACUAUAUUGGAGAUAAAACUUCAGUGUCACAUGGAAAAAUCACUUGUCCCUCAGCCCCACCACAGUAAUGUGAUAACAUGACCAAUCCGUGUUUUGUAUGUGCUUGCAGUUGGAUGAUACUAAUGCAUAAAAAAAAAUGUCUAGUUGCCACUGUUCUUAAACAUCAUAGACUACUUGUGCACAUGAUGAGGAUCUGGAAAAAAGCACUUUGAAAGACAAAAUCCAUCAUUUUUGUUUACACAGCUAUUGGUGUAAACCAUGAAAAUGGGCAGCUACUCUUGAGUAUAAGCCAGCAAAGAGACUUUGUGCUUUCCUUUGAAAUUCUCUAAUAAUUUGAGCAUUACAAUUUGCCUGGGUACUUACCACAUUCACCUGUCUGCAAAACUGAAACACACACACAUGCUUAUAAACUAGAGUCAAUACAAAUAAGUAUAGUUGCUAUCAGGCAAAAACCACUGGAAAUUUUCAGAAAAAAUGAGGCAUCAUCAGCGUUUCUGUAGUAAGUACUCUCUUAAUUUUAGAAAUAUAAAAGUUUCCUUUGCAUUGUAAUUUACCAUAAAAUAUUUUUGAGGCAAGAGGGAAAAAGUUUGAUUUUUUUAAAUUUGUAAAUUAGUGUUAAAAAAAAAAGCAAUAGACUUCUUGAAGCCCCAGCGGUAAAACUGUCACUAGCUGUUGUGCUCAAAUAUUUUAUUAUGUCCUCUUACAGUGAUAAGAAGAAGAGAGAGUGGAUAGAAUUGAAAGGUAGAGUUUUAACCUUAAAC